AUGUUAAGGGUGUUAGGAACGAUCUUAUUUCUGUCACACGCGCAAUGUAUUCUCCCUCCUGCCAUUUUCGAGACUAUAUAUCACUUUUUCUCCGGAAUUCCAGCAGUGCCCGAUGAUUUAGUUCGAGACGAGACGUUUGUGUCAAAGGAGUACGAUUUCAUCGUGAUAGGGGCUGGUUCUGCAGGUUCUGUAUUGGCGAAUCGUUUAACAGAGAAUCCCGAUUGGAGUGUGUUGCUAUUAGAAGAGGGCAAGGACGAGAUUUUCCUCACUGAUAUUCCGCUAUUAGCCUCAGUUCUGCACAUUACGGACUACGUUCGACUACAUAGAAGCGAACCGAGACCCAGGAACGUAGAUGGGAGCGGUGGUUACUGUUUGUCGAUGAACGAUGGUCGUUGCAAUUUGCCAGGAGGUAGAGCGGUCGGCGGUAGCUCUGUGGUGAAUUUCAUGAUAUAUUCUAGGGGAUCGCCGGCCGAUUACGACGCUUGGGACGCGCAGGGAAAUCCCGGAUGGAGUUACAAAGAUAUACUACCGUACUUCAUUAAGUCAGAGAAUUGCAAGUUAGUGGAUCAGGAUAUCAGAUUUCAUGGCCGCGGAGGAUACCUCGACGUCACUACUUCUCCGUACGUCUCCGCGCUGAGAGAACGUUUUCUGCAAGCUGGUGAAGAACUGGGAUAUGAUGUAAUCGAUUAUAAUACAGACAGACUUAUUGGUUUUUCGACGGCACAGGCUCAUCUGCGGCACGGACGCAGGGUCAGUGCCAAUAAGGCGUUUCUAAAGCCUAUUCGUGAUAGAGCGAAUUUACUUCUGUCGAAAUCAUCUAAAGUAACAAGGAUCGUGAUUAAUUCAAGGACGAAAAGGGCCGUGGGCGUGAAAUUUAUGAAAAAUGGCAAGAAACUGUUCGCUUCUGCCAGAAAGGAGAUAAUACUUUCAGCAGGUACCCUGAAUUCGCCCCAGUUGUUGAUGGUAUCCGGAAUAGGACCCAAAGAUCACUUGAAGUCUCUGAAUAUCGAUGUAAUCGAAGACCUUCCGGUUGGAUAUAAUCUUCAAGAUCACGUCAGCAUGUCUGCGUUAACUUUUCUCGUAAAUGAAAGUAUAACAAUCGUCGAACCUCGCCUUGCUUCGAAUCUAGCCAAUACCCUGGAUUAUUUUGUCAAAGGAACGGGCCCCUUAACUGUGCCCGGUGGUGCCGAGGGUUUGGCGUUUGUGGAUACUAAGCAAGAUUAUCGAAAGAGUCAAAGAAAAAAUUUGAAAACGUAUAGAAGUAGGUUGAACGACGAGAACCCUCCUCUCCCUCCAAACGUAACUUCUAUCGGCGUGAAUUCCGAUUAUUUGAAAUCAUUUCUAAACAAGACGAAAAGAUCAAACGUCCCCGAUAUUGAACUGGUUUUAGGCAUAAGUGCUCUCACUGGAGAUAUAUCGGGCAGUUUCAGAGGGCUGCUCGGUUUAACGGACGAAUUUUACAAAGACGUUUUCACCGGUUACGAAGGUUUCGACGCGUUCACCAUUGUCCCGAUACUUUUGCAGCCGAAGAGUAGGGGAAGAAUUACUUUGAAAACCUCGGAUCCACUUGAUCGACCUAUAUUCCAGAUAAAUUACUACGAUCACAAAGACGACCUUAGAACUAUGGUUCGGGGGAUUAAAAAGGCUAUACAAGUGGGAUCGACGAUAGCCUUCAAACGUUUCAACGCGACGUUACUGCCGGUGUCGUUCCCAGGAUGCAAGCAUAUUUCUUUCGGUACCGAUCCUUAUUGGGCUUGCGUUGCACGGCACGUGACCACGACCCUGGGUCAUUUUGUAGGCACGUGCAAGAUGGCACCGAGGAGGAAGUCGGGUGUGGUGGACCACAGGUUACGAGUGUACGGAAUCAAUGGUCUCAGAGUCGUGGAUGCCAGCAUAAUCCCGACUAUAAUAGCAGGCCAUACGAAUGCGCCUGCUUAUAUGAUUGGUGAAAAAGCUGCGGAUAUGAUCAAAGAAGACUGGAAACUGUCCGAUUUUGUCAAGAUUCCGUUGUUUAAUUGAUAAUGCGUUUGGAAA